AUGACUGCUACGAAUAAUACAAUCGCUCGAACACACAGUGAUAAUUUGGAAAUAUUUUCUCUUCUUUGGCUUGAUGCAGAAGUCAAUACAAAAGAAGAAAAUAGAUAUGCCCAAAAUCAACUUCGUUCAAUCAUCAAUCAUCUCAAAAUAUUUCAUGAUCAAAAGGAAUGUCAACAAUAUAUUAUGGCUUGCUCUACACAAGAUCGACUUAUUCUUAUCGUUAGUGGUCGAUUAAGCAAAGAAUUUAUUCCUCAGAUUCAUAAUUUUCGACAACUCUCCGCUGUUUAUAUCUAUUGUUGGGAUAAAAAUGCAUAUCAACAGUGGGCUAAACAAUUUACUAAAAUAAAAGGUGUCAUUGUUAAACUUGAUGAUCUCGUUGAUCAAAUCAAAUUAGAUCAAAAAGAUCGACUAAAACAAGAAGAACCAAUGUCUAUGAAUAUUUAUACUGUUAGUAGUAAUGCCCAUAAAUCAACAACUGAACUCAAUGGUCAUUUUAUUCAUUCUUUAUUAUUAAUCGAUGUUCUUCUUAGAAUGAAAUCUAAUGAUGCUGACAAAAAGAAACUUAUUCAAGUUUGCAAAGAUGAAUAUCAUGGCAACGAACCUCAACUAGCCGUUGUUCGUGAAUUUGAAUGUGAUUAUAAAGCUCGAAAAGCUAUAUGGUGGUAUACUCGUGAUGCAUUUUUAUUUAGUAUGUUAAACAAAGCUUUACGAGUACAGAAUACUGAAUUAUUAUUAUUAUUUCGUUUUGUAAUUCGUGAUAUUUAUGAACAAAUAAAAACACAUCAAUGUAAAUCCCCUGUUUGUGUAUAUCGUUAUCAAGCUAUGCCUGCUGAUGAAUUGAAGGCUCUUCAACAAUCGAUUGGUCAAUUCAUUUCGAUUAAUUCAUUUUUUUCAACAAGUGCUGAUCGUGAUGUCGCAUUAAAGUUCUCAAACUAUCCGACCAUUUCAAAUGACUUACAUCGAAUAUUAUUUAUCAUUGAAGCUGAUCCUUGUGUAGUAAAAUCAAAACCAUUUGCUGAUAUCAGUUCACUCAGUUAUUUUAGUCAGGAGUGUGAAAUAUUAUUUAUGGUUGGAUGUAUAUUUCGUUUGAUCGAUAUUUAUCGAAACGAUAAUGAAAAAAUCUGGAUAAUUAAAAUGCAGCUAGUAGAAGAUGAUGAUCAUGAUUUAAAGAAGCUUUUCAUUCAAUUGAAGGCAGAUUAUGGAGGUGGUGAAAACGAAACUGAUCUUAAAUCUUUCGGUGAUGUACUGCAGCUUAUGGGGAAAUAUGAUUCGGCGGAGAAAGUAUAUUCCGGUCUACGCAAAACAUAUGCUCCUGAUGAUAGUUCAUUUUCUCAUUUAUGUGUCUCAUAUGGUAUGCUGAAUAAAGAAAGAAAGAAUUUUGACCGGAGUCUACGAUGGUUUCAAAGAGCAUUGACUAGGAAAAUGCGUACGGAUCCAGAUGAUAUUGUCUACAUUGGUGGUCUAUACUGUUGUAUUGGGAAUAUUCAUAUGGAAAAGAAUGAUUAUAAUGAAGCAAUGGAAUGUUACAAAACAGCAAUGGACCAUUACAAGCGUGCAAAUGCUACAAAUCAUCCAUAUAUGGCUUCUUUGUAUCAUGGUAUUGCCCGUAUUUGCUGUGCUCAAAGGGAAUAUUCAGAUGCAUUGAAAUAUUACCAACGCUCAUUGGCUAUUCAACAGGAGCAGCUGCCUUCAAAUCAUCCAGAUAUGGCUAUAAAUCAUACUGGCAUAGGUGACGUUUAUCGUUGUACUAACGAAUAUCAGCUUGCUAUGAACCAUUAUAAAACGUCGCUCGAUAUUAGAGUGAAGUCACUACCUCCUCAACAUCAGGACAUUGCUUCAAGUAACAAAAGCAUUGGUACUUUAUAUGAGGCAAUGAAUAAUUUGAAAGAAGCAUUAGAAUAUUAUAAACAAGCAGAGAGUAUCUAUCGUCAGUCAUUGUCGUCUGAAGAUGCAAAUGUAGUUGAAAUUGGUAAAGACAUUCAACGUGUGAUCUCAAAACUGAAAUAA